GGAGGAGGAGGAAGAGGGUAGCAAAUGAGGUGUGGGUAAAAAUUAUGGGGGGCUAGAAAAGAGAGAGCUGUAGCCCAGCCCUGGAUAUGGAGAGAAAGAGGGUGGGGAUAACACAGAGACAGAGAGAAGGAGAGAGAGAUUAUGCAGUGUAAAAUCCAGCGGUGCUUCAGUGGUAGUUCAGCGUACAUAUCAGCAGGCUCCCUCACCACUGAGGAGCAGCCGCUUUUUGUGCUCCCCUCCCGGCUGCAGUGGGGGAGUGCAUUUACCGUCGCGCCCAAGGGGAGAACCCAAGAAGUAUCCUCCAAUCAGCCGUUAGUGAUUUCUCUCAUCUCGUGAGGGUCCUGAUGGUGAUUUAUCACUGACCCGAGACAGGCGCUGCAUUCUCUACUCAGCACUGUAGCCACCUGGAAUACUCACCAUGGUUUUUAUUUCUUCUCUUAAACACAAAUACCCUCCUGUGGAUCUUUCACACAGACUGACCGGAGGACAAAAGGAGGAUUUAAAUGGACUUACUGACUGCCUUUCUUGAAUAUCCCCCCUUUUCUCUCUCCCUCUGCAGAUUAAAGAUGGACUAACUUUUACAUGUGGAUUUUUGCCAUACGAGGGCAUCUUUUUUUGUUUACUCUGUGCUUUAUAGCUUUAUAGAGACGUUUUAUUCUGAAAGUACUAUAGUUCGCAUGUAUCAUUUUAGACAGUUUACUGCAAUAAUCAUGUAGGACGGAUACAUAGACAGAGACACACCUUCCUGCUGAGCAUGUCUCUCUGGGGAUUGCCCAGUGUCUGCUUUUGACUAUCAGAUUGUCUUUAGUGUUUCUCCGUGAGGUGGCAUGAGUUGAAACAGGCUGUGUUUGUGCAUGAUUUACUGGUCUGAAGCCAGAGCUCAGGAUUACACUGGUUCUUUUGUGCAGAAUACAGGUGUAGUCGAGCCUUGAAUGAGGAUCAGCAGCUCUAACACCUUGUCGCUGGCACCACACAGGGCCAUGGACCACUCAGACAAGCCUCUCCAGCUGCGACUUACAGUUAUCUGUCAGGGGAUUAAGAUAAAAGUUUGAGCAGCACGAUGAGAGGUCAAGGACCGAGGCUGGAGGACCGCGGAGAAAUUUAUUUCAGGUUAUCCUUGAGGAAUGCAGACUGAGGCUAAACAUAGAGUGAAAAGAAUACAGGGCUGGUUUUAUAUAUGAAAGCAUAGUAGGAGAAAUGAAACAUCACAGAUAAAUUGUCUGUGAAUACACACGUUUUUAUUAGCAACAUAAAACCUGUCAACAUAAGUCAAAUUAUCGGCUGAAUAAAAAGCAAACAGUGAUAAAUAGCCUCAAUAUCACCAGUAACUGAGCGAGCACAAAAUCAAAUUGAUCCAUGAAUUGGUUUCGAUAUUGAUUUCUGUCGAUUGCCAGGACAGAGUCUUACCUGAUCUCUACUAAAGAGGUCACUAAUUUAAUCAUAAUCCAUCAUUCGGCCUCAUUUCGGAGUGGUCAUCCCGAGUGCUGAGUAUGAGAUUUCUGCUUUGAGAAUCAAUCUAAUGCCUGUCAUUAUGUCUAACAACACACUCCUGCUGCAGUCUACAAUAGCAAUGUGUGCAUUAUAGAUUUCUGGGCGUGUUCUGUUUACACAUCUUUAAUUAUUUGGGGAAAUAAUGAUUUGGUUCUGCUGACAUUUAGAGGAAACUUGGCCGGUUGUGUGUGUGUGUAGUAAGACGUGUGAUGAUACACAUAUGGUUGUCUGUCUUGAUGCGUGUGGAGUUGUGCACACUUUUUACCAGUAUGUCCGCUGCACUCUGCUUAUCUUAGUUGCACAGGUGGGGCUUAAGGAUUUCGGUUGACGGUGUAAUGAUCGUCACUUUGCACAACUUGGUGAGUUACAUUCUGGGAAAUUAGGUUUUAACAAUGCAUCGAUCCUGAAGUGGAGGACCAGAGGCGGUAAAAAGAAGUUAUCACAGCACACACACACACAGACACGCAGUCAUCUUUCAGCAAUCCUGGAGAGUCUAGUAUGUGGGACGUUCAGUGUUGGAGUGAGGAAAGCAGGAGAAAUUCUUUGAUAGCUGCAUUGUUUGCAGAGCACUUGUUCAAAGAGCAUUGCUGAAUGUUUGCUGUUGGGGGUCUAGUGCUGGGAGUAAAAAAGACACAAAAGACAACAACUCAGAAACAGCGUGAGGGAGUUCAGCUGGAGUUCUGCUGGGGAAAAAACCUCUUCUAUCCUGCACUGUGCAACAUUAGCAAACAAAACAAAACUGUCUAUUGCAAGUGUCGCCUGUGAUUUCUGCAGUCAUUUGUCUCAUCGAGCCAGAAGGACUCUUACAAGACGUCAGAUCUCUAGGUCCAGUCUGCAGUUAUGAGAUAAUCCUGAAGUAAACUUGGACAAAUAAAUGGAGACAGAGAAGGACAAGUGCAGCUCUGAGACAACCUCCACUUUUAAAUCGACUUACAACACCUGAUUUGUGAAAAAGAAGAAGAAGAGGAGGAGGAGGAGAAGAGUGACGCAGCCAAUUAAACUGUGUCGCCAUCGCUGGCAGGGAUGAGCCGUGUGUGACUCUGAGGAGAAGUGUGAUACACCACAAUCCUGCGAAUGAGGGUGGGGCUCUCCCACUGCUACAGACAAAGACCGGUCCUGGUGUAGGACGUGGAGCGAGACGGCCCUGGUGUGACAAGUGGUCAGUGGCUUUUGGACUCGCAAGGUCCAGCACUGUGUCAAAAGUCACAAUGGGGUGCAACAUGUGUGUGGUUCAAAAGCCUGAGGAGCAAUACAGGGUCAUGUUCCAGAAGGGUCACAUAAACGACAUGCUGCGCUCUUUUGAUGCCGAUGGUCGACUAAAGGUGAACGGGAAGGAGCUGUCCCGGCUCUCUGGGGAUCCCACUCUGGACAUACGGGACCCAGUACUGGCCAACAUACUGAGGCGGGGGGCCCGCAGACGGGCGGGUCAAGCAGGAGCUGCAGCUGGAGGAGGAUUAGGGCUAGUGACCAUGGGCAUGGCUGACUGUGUGGACAGCUGCACCCAAACAGACAUCAGUUUCCAGCAUAUGUUGACUCUUAACAAGAGCGGCCAGCAUCCCUGUGGAGCUCCACCCCCACCUGACCCUCCUCCGUCCCCUCCCCUGCCACCAUUACUGGAGCCAUAUCUAUUCGAUGAACUCUUUGUAGAGCCUGUUUACUACGACCCCACCGACUACUUCGAUAUCACUCAGCAUGAAGUGGACAGGCAGGACGAGCUGGAGUAUGAGGAGGUGAACCUGUGCAAGUCUCGUCAGCAGGAUAAACUCGGCCUGACAGUGUGCUACAGAACCGAUGAUGAGGAGGACCUGGGGAUAUAUGUGGGAGAGGUGAACCCCAACAGUAUCGCUGCCAUGGACGGUCGCAUCCGCAAGGGAGACAGAAUACUACAGAUAAAUGGAAUGGACGUCCAGGACAGAGAGGAAGCAGUAGCUAUUCUCACCCGAGAGGACAGCACUAAUGUCUCCUUACUCCUCGCACGACCCGAGAUAGAGAAUGACAACCAGCUGGACCCAGAUGAGUUGGACCUGGAUCCACUGGACAACGAGGUCCAUCUGUCCAACAGCCACACAGCGAGAAACAGCACCUCUAUCCUCGGCGCUGGACCAGAUGCCGUUGCGGGUAGAGGUGGACCAGGUGGUCACGGUUUCUCGCUAAGCAGGGAUUCGCCUGAUUUGCUGCAGACCGUGCUGAGCAACAGCCAGGAGCUGGACAGUGGGGUGGGACGCACAGACGAAAGCACGCGCUACGAAGAGUCGUCGGAACACGACCUCCUGGGAGACGACCACACGAGUGCCUCCAACACAAACGCCACCAACACACCUGGCAGCAUGCGUAAGUUUUUGUCGAGUAGAGGGGACAGUCCGCCCUUGCUGCAGUCCCAGGACCUCCAGUUCAGCACUGACUCCCUCUUAGGGUUGGAUUGCGUCAGUGGAGGUGGGUUGGAACAGGUGGAGCGACUGGAGAGGAGCUACAUGGCAGAUCCGAUGAGGGUGAUGAUGCCUGGGCUGACGGAGGAGGAGUGUGAGAGGUACAAAGAGCUGCUGGAGAUCAAGUGUUACUAUGAGAAGAACAGUAGCGCCCUGCAGAUACAAGAUGGGGGCUGUGUCCCACUGGAUGUGAAUAGGAAUGAGAGCCUGACGCAGCACGAGAUGGCUCUACUGGAAGAGGAACUGCGCCACUUGGAGUUCAAGUGUCGUAACAUCCUGAGGGCACAGAAGAUGCAGCAGCUGAGGGAGCGAUGUCUGAAGGCUUGGCCUCUAGAGGAAAAGAAUGGAGCAAGUGCAGGUACGUUGGUCAGUGAGGACACCUGUCACCACGCUCUGUCAGAUAUCAACGAGCUUCCAGAGAGAGAGCGCUCAGAUAAAGACAGUACGAGUGCCUACAACACUGGAGGGGAAAGUUGCAGGAGCACACCUCUGGUCCAAGAACAGUACCCAUCACAUUCUAAACAGAGCCUGGAUGGAGGAGAGUCUCUUUACUCAGCAGGUAUGCAGUGUUCAACAUCCACCAGGCAGAAAGAGAAGGGAACCAGGCCCGAAAGAGGGGAUGGGGUACAAGUGAACUUGAACCAACUUUACUCACACACUCACAGAAGAGCAGCUGAUGCUAAGACAUCCAGUCCUGGAGCUAAAGUUAGGUCACUGUCCCGGGAUGGAGGAGCAAGGAGGGGCUCAGAUGGUGGGAUGAGGCGUAACCCAAAAGCCAGCGUGACAGCAGAGAGGUCUGGCGGACGCAGUGCAGAAAACAGCCCCUACCUGUCCCGUCGUCAAACUGAAACAAAUCCACCUCCGCGCUACCUGAGCUGCAUGCAACUGAGGUCUCUGUCCACCACCGAGCAGCUUGGUGGACUCAGAGGGACUCUCAGAGAGGGCAGCAUGGAGACUGAGGGAGAUGCCAGCCCGAUGAGCUUGGGGAGCACAUGUAAAGGUGUUGCUCAGGCUCCAUCUGCCGAACCAUUACCCUUGUCCCCUUCUAUGAUGCCUACCUCCCCUCGUAUGGAGUGGAAGGUGAAGAUCCGCAGCGAUGGCUCGCGCUACGUGGCCAAGCGGCCGGUGAGGGAUCGUCUCCUGAAGGCGCGCGCCAUGAAGAUCAGAGAAGAGCGCAGCGGUAUGACGACGGACGACGAUGCCGUCAGUGAAAUGAAGAUGGGCCGCUACUGGAGCAAGGAGGAGCGCAAGCAGCAGCUACAGAAGGCCCGAGAGCAGCGGCGGCGCCGAGAGUUCAUGGUGCAGAGCCGCCUCGACUGUCUUAGGGAGCGCGAGAGGGAGCAGGGUGGCAGUGGUGGACAGCAGGGGGCGACACAGCAGCAGGAAGCGAACACUAUCCUGGAGCUUUGCCACCGCAGGAGCAUGAAGAAGCGCAGUCGCAGAAUCCUGGACAACUGGAUCACGAUACAGGAGCUGUUGGCUCAUGGGGCCAGGUCUGCUGACGGGAAGAAAGUCUAUAACCCCCUGUUAUCUGUCACCACAGUCUGAGAUUGAAUAACAGCCAAGGUUGGAAGCAGAGAGCCAGGGAGAGAUAAGAAAUGUUUAGAUAAGAAAUGUUUAGAUAGAGCCAAAAGGAUGAACACAGCCUCCUUCAGUACAUCUGAGCACAAACUUUCGUCUGCAGCAGUGCAGCGACACUCUGACACGGACGUCAGCGAUGGAGAUUUAAAAUAGCACACCUUAAAUCGUUGGACUGGAGAGAGAAGAAGCACAUGACUGAGACUGUCAGGGUUCGUGUGUCCAGUAACAAUCACAUCUUCCAAAAAUGAAGAAACAAAUCACACACGCAUAUUUACAAUAGCACUGCGGUGAAGCCACCCUUCAUUGCAUAAUCACAAAUUCAUAUUCACUCAAGUCACAGUGUAUUUGUCAUGAAGGCACAGUGUAUAAAACGUAGCAGCAGUUAAUGGUACAGUUGCAUGUUGCAGCUGAAUCAGCCUCUGACUCAACAGACUCAUUUACAUUAACUGUCACAAUGAAAAGCAACAAUUCAUACAAUCAGGCGACUGUGUCAUUAUUUUUAUUUUACUUUGCUGCCAAAUGAAAAUAAUUUCACCUACAUUUUACACACUGGGCCUUUUAAAAAUGUGUCUGACUGUGUGGAUGUAAACCAGUCAGGAAAAUGCUUUCCAGUCAUUUCAUGAUGUUUUACUUUCCACGUGUGACGCAUUUCAUCCAAAUUAGAUGAAUUAAAAGAAAACAGGCCUGUUUGGGGACCGGUCCAGGGUGUGAUCCCGCCCUUCCAUUGUGUCAGCUGGUUUUGGCACCAACGGCACACACGUCUCCCUAAAGUGGAGGAUAAAGUGAUAGAAGAUGAGUGAGUGAGGCCUGCUGGGAGAUGAGGUGGAACUGAACAUACUUACAUUUUUCAGAGUGAGAACGCUGCAGCGGGAAUUGUCAUUCAUGAAGUGUAUCUAGACGAGGAAGAGAUGCGGUGAUGGAUGGCACCACCUGCUGUUCAGCCAUUAGACACGUGUUGUACAACCUUCUUUGAAAAAAAGAAAACCCAAGAAUGACAGAGGAGACAAAAGUCUGAUGCGUGUUCAGGAACCAUGCAGCUGUGAAAAAAGAAAACACUUCUGUGCCAUGAAAUUGUAUAGUUAGUGUCCAUUCAGGAUCUGUUUUUCAAAGCAACAUCAUGUGUCAGUUAAUGUAGUAGAGACAUUUUUCCUUAUUCCUGUCGUCUGCAUGUACAAAUGCAACAUUUGCUGUCGCAGCACAAAGGCUUUUUGACAAUGACGAGCUGAGCCGUGCCUUUGUUUCAGGCUGAUUUACAGCACAACUUUCCAAGUCUUAAGGACUGAAAUACUGUAGCUAAGAGAGUUCAUGUUGAAGCACAGAUUCUGACAGGCCAUAUCGAGAAAUUAAAAAAAUAAAAAUAAAAAAUAAAAAAACACAGAAAGCACAAUGUCAAUUCUGCUUUACAUAGGUCAAAAUGUACUGCUGUUACACUUUUGUCAUCAGUCACAGUGUGAUCUCACGUCAAGUUCAAUGCAAAUAACUACUAUCCAUGUCCUGUCUGAUGCAUUUCCAAAUCAGAUUGAGAAAUGUGUUUUGACUUUUUAAUCCGAUGCUCUCUCAGAAACACAGAAGCUGAUUUUUUUCCAUUUGGCUUAGAUGCAUGUUUUGAUAUUGACACCUUGUAAUUUGAGACCACGCGCCUUUAACAUAAUAAUGUAAUUGUGAAUGUCUUUCUAUGAAUGUGUUCAUUGCAUAAAGAAAAAGAAACACAUGGUGUAUUUGUUUGUUGAAUAUUGUGACGUCCAGUGUCUGCCAUUUUGCAGUGAAAGCUUUUCUAAAUAAACGCUGUGAUCAU